UGGCGAAAGAACUCAUAAAAAAAGAAUCUGAAUUUACGGAAUUUACCUGCCUUUUUGUAUGGAUUUAAAACAGCACCAUCCUAUUUGAUUAACGUAACGCCAAAGAAUAUAUCAAAACGAGAUUUUAAUUUACAAUGGAGUCGACAGCGGUACAGGGCGCAGAGAAUGUUUGCGUGAAGGCUGAGCCCUGUGAGGAUGUGUGCAUAAAAGAAGAGCCCGCGUUCGAGACUGUGCUUGUAAAAAUUGAGCCGGACCUGGACUAUGUGAAUGUACAAGGCGAGCCUAGCUGCGAGGUUGUGUCCACAAAAGCCGAGCCUUCGUGGACAUAUGUGUCCACAAAAGCCGAGCCUUCGUGCACAUAUGUGUCUGUAAAAAUUGAGACACUCGACGUUAGCGCUGACCACGCCGUGAAAGAUGAGCCCGUGCUUGGCCACGAGCUAGAAGAGAACGCAGGGACAGGGCAAACUCCACAGGAUAAACCGAGCGCCAGACCCGAAACUUACCAACAUUUGAGCAAAGAUACCAAUGAGAAGCCAUACAGAUGUGGCCAGUGUAGCUAUACUAGCGUCUUAAAAAAAUAUUUGAAACGUCACCUAUUGAAACACACUGGAGAGAAGCCUUACAAAUGCGCACAAUGUAGUUACGCUAGCGCCCGCCAAGAUCAUUUGAAAUAUCAUGAAAAGGUGCAUAGUAUUGAAAAACCUUACAAGUGCGAGCAAUGUGAUUAUGCUAGCAGCAAGAAAUUAAAUUUGCAACUUCAUAUCAUGAAACACACUGGUGAAAGUCCUUACAAAUGCGAGCAUUGUAAUUACGCUAGUACCCAAAAAGCUAACUUGCUAAGUCAUGUAAAAACACACACUGGAGAGAAGCCCUUCAAAUGCGAGCAAUGUGAUUAUGCUAGCGCACACAAAAGUUCUUUGCAAACUCAUUUACGUAAACAUGAUAACGAGAAAGCUUACAAAUGCGAUCAGUGUAGUUUCGCCAGUAAUUGCAAAAAUAGUCUUAUGAUCCAUUCAAGAAAACACACUGGAGAGAAACUUUUCAAGUGUGAAUACUGUAGUUAUGCUAGCCCCCGUAAAUGUCAUAUGCAAAUUCAUAUAAGGAAACACACCGGUGAAGCGCCUUACAAAUGCACUCAGUGUAGUUAUGCUACUGCACAUAAAUCUGCUUUACGAUCUCAUGUAAGACAACACAAUAGUGAAAAACCGUACAAGUGCGAACAUUGCAGUUAUGCUAGCAACCAAAAAUAUCUGUUGGAAGUUCACGUUACGAAACACACUGGUGAAAAGCCGUAUAAAUGUCACCUCUGUAGUUAUGCUUGCAGCAAACCAGGUAUUUUGAAUGUUCAUAUAAGAAAACAUACUGCUGAAAAGACUUACAAAUGUGGCCAAUGUAGUUAUGCGACUGCCUACAGAUAUAAUUUGCAAGCACAUGUUAUUAAGCACACUAAUGAGAAACCUUACAAGUGCGAGCAGUGUGAGUAUGCGGGCAGCACAAAAAGAAGUUUGACAGUUCAUUUAAAGAAACACACAGGAGAGAAACUUUACAAAUGUGAGCAAUGUAGUUUUGCUAGUAAUUACAAGAAAAGUAUAAAAGUACAUAAUAAAAACAACCAUACUAGCUAGAAAUCUUAUAUUUGUGACCUUAUAAGUACAAAGAAUUGUUUACCAGAUGGCAGCACCAAGUUGAUAAGCCAAAAUCUUACGAUCUAUGCAUAUUUGCCGCAUAUUGUUAUAGUAUACAUUUACAUUGGUACUAAUACAUUACUGUUAGCGAAUGGUAAUUAUCAGGAUCACAUUUUCCCAUUUGUUAAAAAACUAAAUUAAUCGCUUUGGCAAAAGAAGUUAAUAAUAUCGUAGUGGAAAUGAUGAAAACUAUAAAUUUCUUUAAUUACUACGUUUAUUCGUUACAAUGAUAUUUACAGAUACAACCAAAGUAAAAUAUACUAUUUCAAGCCCACAUUGCCAUUUUCUUUAUAUGUGUUAAUACCUGAUUAUAUAUUACUUUUAGGGCAUCCCACGCAUGUCGCUUCCGAAACGCUUUCACCUUGUUAGACACCUAUCUCAAUCAAAUGCGUUAAAGCUAGAGAAUAAUGCCAAUAUUUGUCCAGAUACGAUUGUCAUCUUGGCUAGGACUAUGCCGGCUGUAAACACUCUUCGAGAGAGCCCUAGACAGGCCGAGAACGAGUGUAUACAAGUAGCACCAUCUAACGGAUAUUCCUGAAACCAACAAGUGGCGCCCUCUGUGGGCGUUUUUGGUACUAACAAGUAACGCUAUCUAGCGGAUCUUUGCCCGUACUAACUAGUGGCGCCCCCAAGCGGAAAUGUUUUGGCCCAGAAACGGCACAAUCACACUACUCGUACAUAAUGCUCGCUAGUCUCUCUUUUACUCGUCUUGUCUUGCCCUCCGCUUGGCUCGGUUAUUAGCCAAGACUCAGCGAGAGGCUUUCGACGAGUAUGUACAGCCGGCAUAAAAGGUUUAGCGACGUUCGGCCGCUGCGGCACUGAGGAGGGGCAGUCCAGAGGGCGCCCUCGAGCACGCACGCACGCCAGUGUACACACACUUCGGCCUUAACCCGUUGUACAUCCAAUAAUCAUACUUAACGCCUGCCUUCUUCACAUUAGCCAGUAACUCUAGCAGACACUCGCAAUGCCACGGGUUACCUUUAAAAUUAAUUUGCUUUAAGUUGUUGCUAAUCAAGUUAUUUGGUAAGUAUGUUAGCUUGUUAUUCUGCACUUCGAACCAUUCUAACUUAUUAUUAUUUAAUAACAACAAGUCAUGUAUGACUACAAUUUUGUUAUUAUUUAAAUGUAAAAUUUUGAGUUCAGUUAAAUCGCGAAAUAAAUCAGGAUGUAAAUAUUCAA